AUGAAACAGAAAUGGCUCCGUGAAAAACGUAUUCGCGAAAAAGAAAAAAGAAAGGAAAUGAAGGAAAAAGAGGAUGAGCAAAAGCGGUUACGAGAAGAGCGAAGGAAAGAAGCCGAGAAAUCCUUUCUUAGUUGGAAGGAGCGAGCUGAUGCAAUUGUUAGCGAGAAAAAGAAACUGGAAAAGAAUAAAGAGGAAAUGUUGAGAAAAGAACAAACUGAAGAGAAAGAAAAACGACGUGUUGAAGCUCAAAAGAUGUUUGAAGCGUGGAAGAGAGAACGUUUACAGCAAUUAUCUACCAACAAAAGCGUUUUGAAGCGGAAGGAAGAAGCGUUGAAGAAAAAAGCUGAAGAUGAAGCAACUCUUAAAAGGAUUGAGGCUCAGAAGGUUUUUCAGUCAUGGUGUGAUGCGAAACGAACAAAAGAAAUUGAAAGGCUACGUAAGAACAUGGAAUUAAGAAGAAAUCAAGAAACACAAAGUAGAAACGAGAAGGAAUACAAAGAUGCACUCGCAAAAGAAGCUUAUGAUUCGUGGCUUGAAACGAAGGAACAAGAACGUGCAGAGGCAGAAACACUUCACGGACGAAUCCUAAGAUUCGAAGAUGAUGCACAUAGCUGCUGGUCGGUUCCGUGGAUUCCACCAAGUAAUACAAUUCCACGAAAAUUCACUCCUACCAAUCGUCGAAGGCAGUCGGUUAAGACAAAAGUAUUUGGAGGCCAAAGAUGUUGGGAUGACAAAGAGGUGAUAAUUCGUAAAGAUGAGAUAGGUAUUGUUGGCGUGUGGAAAAAUUCAUUUGAUGUUUAA